AGGGGGUAGAGGGGUCUUUUAGGGUGUGGGGUAAUACACUUCAAAAGGACCAAAAACCCAAAAAAGAAAUUAUUUUUUAUAUCAACACAAACAAGAUUUUUUUAUUGAUAAGUUGCUCUAAGUUUGAGUUCUUGGAUUUAUUAUUAUUCUUGAUAAAAGAAAACAGGAAGAACAAAAUGCCGGAGGGAAUAACACCUGAGAAUCUUUUGAACAACAUCAUGGAAACUUUUCACGAUGGUGGGCAGAAACAUAAACCUCUAUCGUUCUUUCAAGAGGAAAGUGAAAACUCUGUUAGUUCUCAAUUCAAUAGGCUAUUUAACCGUCAGAGACCAAUCCACCAUUGUUUGGGCGGAGGCAAAUCUGCUGAUAGCAUGUUGUGGAGAAACAAGAAAAUCUCGGCCGGUGUUUUAAUCAGUGCGACAGCUAUAUGGGUGCUAUUCGAGUGGCUUAACUACAAUUUUCUUUCACUUUUGUGCUUUGGUCUGUCCUUUGGUAUGAUCGCUCAGUUUCUGUGGGCAAAUGCUUCUGGAGUGAUAAACAGGUCUUCGUCUCAAGUUCCUCGUCUUGUCUUACCAGAGGACCUCUUCAUCAAUAUUGCCAAGACAAUAGCCGGUGAAAUAAACCAUGGUCUGGGCGUCCUUCAAAAUGUUGCCUCGGGCGGUAAUCUGAAACAAUUUGGAGUGGUUGUACUGAGCUUGUGGGCUGCUGGUAUGAUAGGAAGCUUUUGCAACUUUUUGACUGUUAUAUAUAUUGGUUUCGUGGCUGCCCACACGCUUCCAGUGCUCUAUGAAAGAUAUGAAGAUGAAGUUGAUGGUUUUGUAUCUAAUGCCCUCGAAAAGCUUCAAGGCCAUUACAAGAAGCUGGAUUCUGGUGUCCGUAACAGAAUACCACGAGGCAGCUUCAGGGGAAAGAAGGCUGACUAGAUCUUUAAUGGAAACCAGCUUAUAUGGAGAGAAUAUGAAACUCGUUGUCAUGCUUAGGCAACAAAUUUCUGUAUGUAUGCAUAGGAUUAAUCGAGGCGAUUAUUUGAGUAAUUAUUUGAGUAAAUCAAACGAUAGAAAGAAAAGUGUAUUGAAACUUUAGGUCACCUUGUUGUGUAAAUGCUUCUUCUACUUUAUUGAUAUUUGGCAUUUGAAAAUAAAUUGAGUAUCUGCAGAAUGUAUGAAUGAUACUCUUUUGAAGAACUUAUAUGUCUGCACUAUAUAUGGCAAAAUGAGCUUUUGAAA